UGCAGGAGGAAGGCGUCUCCCUCAACCUCGGAGUCGAGCUUCUUACGCCGCCGCCUGGGUCGUCGACCCGACGAUGCACCGCUCGACCUCGGCGACAUCGCGACGACGGAUGUGCGGGGGCGCGAUGACGCGACGAAUUAUUGUGCCAACCACCGCCCGCGCGAGGGUCGACGUCACGAGCGACGCGCGGAACGCUUCUCGCGCGGGUUCGAGGGUUCGCGCGUCACCGCGCGGCCACUCUCGGUCAGUGAAACUAACGCGCGCGGUGCCGCCGUCGAUCCAAAGGCGAGCCUCCCGGUCGCGUCUCACGCCCGGCGCCGCCAGGAUCUGUCGAAUGUGCGCAGGGUUCGGGUCGGGAGAAGACAUCGGACGGGAUGUUGGGAUUUUUUCAGGUUCGCGCGUGGGGAAGACAGACCAAACCCCGGGAAAUCGACGAUUCUUUUCUUGAGUUCUCGCGGUUGGGUUUUUGUUGCAAAUCUGAGAGUGCUGCGCUGUGCGCUUUUUCCAAUCCCCUUUUCCUUCUCAUUUUAUCCGGCCCUGCUGGGUCGAACAGCCGGACUGGUUUGCGUGGGCGCAUAAAUUGAGAUAUUUGUUUAUUUCCCGCUUAUGCGGGUCGGCCGUAACGGUUGACCGAGGAAUCCAGUCGUAACAACGAAAUGUGCUGGGUGCCACGGUUUCCCAAGCAGUGUGUUUCCGCCCACAGCUGUGGUGAGAUCUGGGCGACGGGGACCGCGAGCGCGCACGCUUCGGCCGGAGAGUUCGUCGAAGGGGUCCCGCAUACCAUUCUCGCGACGGUGCGGGCGCGAGGCUCAGAGCACGAUGGCCGGCAUGGUGAUUCCGCAGCCGAACAAGGUGAGACCCCGCCUCGCAUCGUUUUGCGUUUCAUCGCACAGCGGAACUAUCCUCGAAGCACGGUGUUUUCUGACGUCUUCUCCACGCGCUUUCCCGCGUCGAAGGUGCCGCCGCCGAGAGAUUCCAGAGGUAACGAGCAUGCCAACGGGAAGAGGACACCGGAUGCGAUGAAAGAGACCCGGCGCGAUCACGGUUCCGCGCGCGUCUCGGCUUCAGCGGCUUCCGCGGCUGUGUCGAGAUCUGCCGAAAACUCGUACGCGGCUCCCACGCGGACGAGUCAGCCCGGCGAGGUUGCCGAGGAAGGCCGGGCGGAGGCCGAGCGCGGUGGCCACGGCGCCGACGUUUCGAUCUCUCGCGCAGAUCCAACGACUGCGACCGAUCCGUCCCCAUCGCAGAUCGUCGCGCCGCUUCCCGCGAACAUCACGGCGACGCUCACGGAACACAAGCCCGGCGUGUACGCGUACGGAAACGACGAGAUGGGAUACUUUUACAUCCCCGCCGAGGACGUUCCGGUCGCGAGGGCUUACGUGGAGAGCGGAGGAACCGGGAGCGCGCGAUCGAGCCUGACCAACAGUCCGAUGAAUCCGCGCGCGGCUCUCGGCUUCUCGCCGUUCGUCCCUCCCACCCCGCGCGACUCCCCGGGCCUGACGUUGGGUCACCACUACCAGCCGUCUCCCGCUCCGCCCAACGGCGGCGGCGCGAACGUGAACUACGCGCCGUCGCUCGCGCACGGCGGGAGCUUCCUCCAGUACGCCGCGACCGCGAUGGCGACCAAGGGAAAGGCCGGAUCCUCCGCGGCGCCGGUCGUCGACGCGGCCGCGGCCGUGUCCGACAACGCCGCCGCCGCCGCCGAGAGGGCGAGCCGAGAGUACGAGCUGGCGCUCCGAAGGUGGGCGACGGCGAACGGGGUGCCCUACGACGCGGCGCUCGUCCUUCCAUCCACGCUGACGUCCCCGCACCCCGCAGUACCUUACCCGUACGCCGCGCCCGGGUGGCUCUCGCCGCCCUCGCCGGUGUACCACUCGCACUCUCCCUCGCACUCUCCGCUGUCGCCCGCGCACCCGUACCACGGGAGUAACGGUUACGGGAUGAUACCGCCGGCUAACGUCGCCUCCCCGCCGUACCUGUACGCACCGGCCGGCGGCGCCUACUCGCCGCCUCAGCCCCCUCAGCCGCCGACCGCGUACUCCGCUCAGACGAGCGGCAGGUGGGCGGAGGAGUUUCCGACUCUGGGCGGCAGGAGCGCGAGGAGCAGCGCCGGCUCGUCCAACGGGGGCGGCGCUUUCGCGUCCAAGCCCGCGAGCUCCGCGAUCGCCGGCGGCAAGCCCUCGUCUUCCUCCGCCCACCGCGCAUCAUCCGCCGCCGCCGAUCCCAACUUUCGCGACGCGCUCUGGCGCACCGCCGCGGCCGAGGCGCGCGAAUCCGGCGACCCGCUCGAGAUCCCCCCGGCUUGCUCCUUUGACGGCGCCGGGCUCGCGGGUCUUCUCGAGCCGGGGAUUGAGCCGAACGACCGCGACGUGAGGUUCUUCGUCAUGAAGUCGCACGGCGAGGAUGACGUGCACAGGAGCCUGCGGUACGGCUGGUGGUCCAGCACGCAGGCGGGAAACGCCCGGCUGUACGCGGCGUUUCGCGGGCUCGACGCCGGCGAGGGGGAAUCGCUGGGCGAUUUGCCGAAAACUCUGGACGAAUCGUGCGGCAUGGACGAUCUCGACCGCGCGUUCAUCGUCAACGCCGUCAAGGAGGACGGGGACGAGACGGAGGUCCUCGCGCCGGAUUUGAGCGACAUCUCGCGCGACAGCGAAGAGUCCGAUUCGCCCUCGCCCGCGGGUCCCCUCGAAGCCUCCACCGCCGACGCCGCCGCCGCCGACCGCGCCACCUCGAAGGACCGCGCCGAGACCCCCAGGGUCGUCCUGUUCUUCUCGGUGAACUGCAGCGGGCACUUCUGCGGCGUCGCGGAGAUGAUCGGCCCGGUGGAGCGCAUCGAUCCGACCGCGCCCAGGGACGCGCACCUUCGCUCCGGCGGCGGCGGCGGCGGCGGCGGCGGUGGGGGAGGGGGGGGAGGUCCUCGGCGGUUCCCGGCGGCGUCGAUGUUGACGAACGGGUUUGCCCUCGCGGAUGGGCGGUUCAAGGUCAGGUGGCACUGGGUCAAGGACGUGCCGAACACCGUCUUGAGGCACAUUCGGCUCGUCGCCGGGAACGAGAAGCCGGUGACCAACUCGCGCGACGCGCAGGAGGUUGAACCGGGCCAGGGCGCGAUGGUCCUCUCCGUGUUUCGCGAUUUCGCGGGGGGAUCGAGUUUGCUGCUCGACGAUAGGAGCCGCGCGUUUUACAGCAUGGGGGGCGGGUACCACACCAGCAGGACCGCGGGAAAGGCGAGGGCGUCCGCGAUGGGCGCCGGUGGACGGAAACCGCCGCUUCACUCGUACCCCUCCGCGAUGGUUCCCCACGGAGGAGCUCACAACAACCCCUACAACAACCCCUACAACAACCCGGCGGGGUUCCACGGGAUUCCAAACUACGGAGGAGGCUUCGUGGGGUACCCCUACGCGCCGCCGCCCGGGGCGUACCACCCUUACUCGGCUCACCACAUCGGGGCGGUCGCCGCGCCGUUUCCGCUGGGCGCCAUCGCGACGCACGCGGCUGCCACGCACGGUCCCAAGCCGCCGGAGUUUAAGUUUGGUGGGAAGCUCGCGGACGAGAAGGCGGGGGUUGACGACGAGGCGUGAGCCGGCGACGACGCGACGCACGCACGCACGCACGCACGCACGCGAGCGGGAGAUACGCAUUCACGCGCGCACCGGGACGCGACGAGACGGAGAGAGUGCGGCAUCAGGAAUUUGGAUGGCUGCGCAUCGAAGCAUUUUUAAAACGGCACGAUUUUUUAUCAGCUGAGAUCGGCUGAGACGUAAUAACACGCGAAGGUAACAC